AUGGCAAUUCAGGCAGAUAUUCCACCAGAUCUUACCAACAAUGACAAAGCUUUCUUGUUUCAAUUUCUCAACACUGCUCUGAACUCUGGAAUCCUCUAUGCACUAUUGCAUGGCAUAUACACUGGCAUUCUUACUGUUACAUUGUGGAAUAUAUUCAUCAAUAAAUCAUGGCCAAUCCGACGAGCCAUGGUUGUCAUUAUUAUUCUCCUCUAUGCUCUGAUCACCAUCAAUUUUACUAUCAAAUGGUCAACUAUAUGCUCCGCAUUUAUCAAAAAUGGGAGAAGCUUCUUCACCAUUUAUUUGAAGCUUGAAAAUGGAGCCCAAGUUGCCUAUUGGGAGAUGGGUAUCACAGCAUUCAUGAGUACCAUUCUUGCAGACUUAUAUAUGAUUUGGUACUGCUGGAUGGUUUGGGGACGACGCUGGUUUGUUGUUCUGCUUCCAGUACUCUUUCUAAUUUCCACAACAGUGUUGAAAAUUAUUGAUAUAUAUUGUGAGUACAUUGGUGCAACCAGCAAAAUAUUCCCUACACUCUACAUAUCCUUCGUUCUGAUGAUGACAUUAUGGUGCACCUUGUUCAUUAUACACCGCAUUUUGACUGUCGCUGGGGUUAGAUGUGGCAGAGAUGGUCGUCUGAGAGUUUAUCACCAUUUCAUUGAAGUGCUGGUAGAAUCCUCAGCUUUAUAUUCAAUAUCUCUGAUCCUAUUUUUGGCUUUCACCAUUCAUGACGGUUGGGGAGUGUACUACCUUGAUAUCAUAGCUAGCAUCGUGAAGGGAAUUGCUCCGACGCUUCUUGUAGGACGUAUCACAUCUGGACAUCGGGCCCGCCCAGAUGAUUCCUGGCAGGGAACAGUGGUCGCAUCAACUUCAAUUCAAUCUCAGUCACAAAAUCUUAAUCAAACAAGCUCCCAGGAGGACAGACCAACAAGUGCCCUUGACCAUGAUCUCGAAGCUCAGCGUGAGAUUUCGAUCAGGGAACUUGCUGUUGCACUUCGCUCUGUUUUGACUGAGAGUCAUACCCACCUAAACAAUGAUAUUGCUCUGAAGAGCAUGACGUCCUCGCCCCACCUCGGGAAUCAAUCACUCCUUCAAGAUAGUUUACCCCCUUCUGAGGAUGCCAUCUGCAGUUCUACCCUUGCAGACGAGGCGGCAGUUCCAAGUCGAUGA